GAUGCAUGUGUUUAUGUUACUGUUCUAGGUUAGUGGAACAGUUGAGCCAAAGAGACGCCGUUAUGCAUCUUUAGAAUCGUUGUUUUCUGACACCGUUUUCUGACACUUUGCCUCACUUUAAUCUAAUAGUGACGACUCAAUUGGAGAGCAAAAAGGCCAGAAUAAGGUGUUCGCCAGUCUACCUGUGUUACUGUGUUGCCAUGGAGAAGGCUUGGAGGGUGGAGUUUAGGAACGUGGGUAGUAGCUACUUCCCUCAGAGCCGCGUGGAGUGCCACUACAGUAUCAGCUCACAACAUACCUGGGCCAGCCAUGACUGGGUCGGACUCUUCAAGGUGGGAUGGUUGUCAGUGAAGGACUACCACACCUUUGUCUGGGCCCUGGCCCCGGCAGGCUACCAGGAGGGCACAGAUGUCAACUGCUGUGUCCAUUUCCAGGCCUCCUACCUGCCCAAGCCCAGUUCCCAACAGUACCAGUUUGUGUAUGUGGAUGGGAAGGGGGAGGUGUGCUCUGCCAGCCCCCAGUUUACCUUCAGUGCCCCCAAGCCUCUGGAAGACCUGGUCACCCUGGAGGAAGGAGCCCACGGAGAGGAGGGAGGGACUGACAUGCUGCUGGUUGUACCCAGGGCUGAGCUACUGCAGAGUCGCCUGCAAGAGUGUCUGCGUGAGCGGGCCGAAUUGAUCCAUGCGCGGGAGGGGGCAGAAAGGAUGAAGCAGAGAGAGAAGGAGAAGUACGGGAAGGCGAGAGAGGCUUGGGACAGAGGAAGUGAGCAGCUGGAGAGGAACAUCUCUGAGCUAAAGGAAGAGCUGCGAGAGAGCAGAGACAGGAUGGAAGAGAUGGAGAGGAGGCAGGAGCAGGUGGAGGCGUCAGGGGAGGCCUUGGCUCAGGAGAAGAGUUCCAUACUGGCCAAGAAAGCAGCCAGCAAACAGCGAAUCAGAGAGCUGGAGGAUGACAUUAAAGCGCUAACACUGAAAGCUGUGGAACGAGAGACUGAGCUGGAGAGGAUGAAGGAGAGGGACAAAAAGCAAGCAGUUCAAAUGAUGGAGGAUGAGAAAGAGAGGAAAGUUCUGCAGCUCAAGCUGGAGCAGACCGAGGGGGAACUGCGGAGCCUGUCUGCUGAGUUCCAGGGUCUGAGGAGCUCCCUGGCCCAGAGAGACACACACGCCCUGCAGCUACGGGAUACCAUCACCACCCUCACACACAGACUCAACAUGGCACAGAGGAAAGAGGCGGAGAGCGAGGCCUCCCUGGCUGAGAUGUGGGGCCUGCGAGAGCAUCAGGGGGCCAGGGAGCGUGGUGCUGAGGGCCUGAAGGAAGAGCUGUGUGCUCUGGUGGCUCAGAGGGACCAGGGCCAGACAGAGCUGCACCAGGCCAGGCUCCAGGCGGCACAGCUCACCCUGCAGCUAGCCGACGCCAGCCUGACUCUGAGGGAGGGCAGAGCACACUGGGCCCAGGAGAGACAGAGCCUGCAGCGCACCACUUCGAAGGACAGAGAGCGUCUGGAGAAGCUGAAUGGAGAGAUGCAGCGGAUUGAAGAGAAGCUUCAGGAGGAGAGGAUGGAGAGAGAGAAGGUGGAAGUGGAGCUGGGAAGAGAGAAGGACUGUAACCGGGUGCAGCUGAGUGAGACACGCAGGGAGCUCCAGGAGCUGAAGGCCAGUCUGAGGGUGGCCCAGAAGGAGAAGGAACAGCUGCUGCUGGAGAAACAGGCAGGACCACUUCUCUACACCUGUCCACCUCUUCAACCACCAUUUCCCCUCUCCCACUGUCCACUUACAUUCACAUUUCUGAAUCAACUGCUAUCCCCUAUCCACUACUCCAGACGCUCUCUGUCCUUUUGCCAUGGGGAGGGAGACACACACACACACACACACACACACACACACACAGAUAAUAGUCUCCCCUGA